AAGUAUACGCCCCCGGAAGAGGACGCCCCGGGCCUGUCUCCUGCUCUACCAUGCGUCGUCCGCGGCUCCUGGGACAAGGUCACACGUGCGGUCGCUGAGCCGCUUCCUGGUACUUAGCGCUUCUAUGGAGGCUAGGCGGUGACCACCCUGUGAGGGCACCCACAAGCCAACACCAUGUCUUCCAUCUGGGUGGCCCGGAUAGGAUUAUCCAUCCUCCGCUGUGGACCGCAGGCUGCAGGAACACCUGUGCUUUUUUGCCCACGACAGACUCGCCAGGCGCCCGGUUUCAAUGUCCCCUUCCACCAGUCUCCUUCCUCCAGGAUGUCCACUGCAUCACAGCAAAAACAAAAACGUCUGCAAUCUAAGACGGUGACAGGCAAGAGCGCAGAACUGAGUAUCGCAGAGUCCUGUGCACACUUCCGAAGAUUCGUAACCGAUCCGGCUCUUAUAAACUCCAUCCUGAAAUGCCUCUCACCUAGGGGAUCUGGCACAGCGGUGCCAAUCAUCGAGUGUAACCCAGGUCCUGGAGUUCUCACCCAGGCGUUGCUGGAUGCUGGCCAUAAAGUGUUUGCCUUGGAAACUAACUCAGAUUUUCUACCAUCUUUGGAGAGAUUACAGAAAACUGCUAAUGGACAACUAAAAGUGGUUCACUGUGACUUCUUCAGGAUUGAUCCCUGGUCUGAAGGACUUGUUCAGCCUCCUUCUAUGUAUUCCAGUACUCUUAUGAAAAACUUGAAUAUCACUGAGGUUUCUUGGGCUUCAGAUGUUCCUCUAAAGGUUUUUUUGAUGCUUGGCCAUAAAAGAGAGCGGAUUUUACUUUGGCGGCAAAUUUACUCUCUCUAUGAGCAACUUUCAAUUUACAGAUAUGGGAGGAUAGAAUUAAAUGUAUUCAUAACGGAAAAACAAUACUGGAAACUGAUUUCUAGACCUGGUGACUACAUGAAGUAUCAAGCUCUGAGUGUACUGUUUCAGGUUGCCUGUGAUAUAGAACUCCUGCACAAGGAACCCACAUCCACAUUUUUCACGCCUUCAAAAUUUAGGAAUCCUGCAGUGUCGGGGGGUUUACCUGAUGAUAAUUUGUGUUUAGUAAGAAUCACGCCAAGAAGAAACUUGUUUUCUGAGAAUUUUACACCUAUAGACGGGGCUACAUUUGUUCACAUGAUAAAGCAAUUUCUGGCAAAACGCAAGUCAAAACUGAUAGAAAAACUUGAUAACCUGGCCCCUGGCAACAGCCAAGAUUUAUUACAAAGUUUAGCACUGCCCGUGGACAUUGCAUCUGGCUCCAUCUACCCAGAAGAAUACAAACUACUUUUUGAGCUGAUGUCACGCUCAGAAGACUUUAAUCGGAGUUUUGUAUUAAAUGAAAUCUGUGAAGACAUAGCGGCUACAAGCUACUGAAUAGACCAUCCGCCAGUAUUGAGGUUGUGCCCACUAUACAUAUUCAGGCACUUUAACCGACUACAGCUACAUUAAAUUCUC